GCGUUUGGAUUGGGCCAAAGGUGGGCCCUGCGGGGAAUUUGUUUCGGAAUUUUCGAGGGGAUUUUCCUCUCCUCUCCUCUCCUCUCCUCUCCUUCCUUCCCGUGGGGUGGUUGUAUUAUCAACGAUUCAUUCAUUCAUGGCCCAAUAUUGUUACCGAGUUGGGAAUCCUCUCACUCGAAUCGACAGCUGAUUUGCUGCUGCUGCGUUUGGUUUGGUUAGGGAUUUCUUUAUUGGGGAGAAAGCGCGGCCUGCUGGAAAUCUUCCAAGCACGCAGAGAUCUCGAGUUUUUUGGGUAGGAAUUUUUCGCUGUGUGGACAGGGAGAUCCGGAGAGAGCGGCUUGGUUCGUUCGGUUUGGGGAGACAUGUGAUGUUGGACUUGCUGCGCUUAGAUAGUUGAAAUGCUUUGUGCAUGCGAAUUCAUGGACAGAAAUUCAUCUUUCGUUGCCCAAAGAAACGUAAUUAGUUUUUACUAGCCGUUUAGCAUCCUAAAGAUUCUCGCUGCUGCAGCUAACUAGCUAAGCGUGAUUUCAAGCCAUGUGUGAUUUAUUCCCGCUAACUCAAGCAAGAAACAAAAUUUUGCACCUAUGAAUUUGAGAUCUUGUCUACGAGGAACAAGAAGGAUUGACUUGCAUGAGUACUAAUUAGCAAGAUCUGAGUUGUGUACUGCUAAACCUCUCUGGAGUUGCUGCAAUCAGUUGUAGGGAAUAAAGCUGCCAACUAAGUUGCAUGAGCAUUCUGGUCCAAUAUUUUUCUCCCCUCAAAUUUGUCAGUGAAACAACGAGUGGAUGGUUCUGCUCAUGAAUUUUGCACUUUCUCCUGGGCAAAUAAAUUUUUAUUUAAUUUCUGCACUUUAAGCAUUUGCACUGAGGAGUGAGACGACAUGUUUCCCACUAUAAGGUUUUGUGAGUUCUGCCUAUUAGACAAGCAGCAUGGCUGAGGAAACUGGCAAUGACAACCAGGUAGUUCAAGGCAACGAGAUUGUUCCAAGCAAUGAAGAAGCUCAAGCUGACGAAGUUCACGGUGAUGAAUUGGUACCUGCAGAGGAGUUAACUCAAGGUGACGAGGUCCAAGGAAAUCAAUUGGUCAGUGCUGAGAUGAGUACCCCUCCAACAGGAACGAGACGCCGCAGGAAGAAGUCUCUAGUGUGGGAGCACUUCACUAUUGAAGAUGUCGCUGGAGGAGCUACACGGGCGUGCUGCAAACUGUGCAAGCAAACUUUUGCUUACAGCUCUGGUUCUAAGAUUGCAGGGACUAGUCAUCUCAAGAGGCACAUUACCUUGGGUUCAUGUCCUAAAAUCAAAAACCAAGAGCACAAGCUAGCAUUGACUCCAGCAGGAGGGACUGACAAUGAUGGUGAGGGUACUGCAGAGCGCCCAUCUAAGAGGCGUUACAGAUAUACUGGCUAUGCAAAUGCUGCUUUUGAUCAAGACCGCAGUUGCUCAUAUCUGGCGAAGAUGAUCAUUUUGCAUGACUACCCGCUUCACAUUGUUCAACAGCAAGCCUUCACUACCUUUAUUGACAGUCUGCAGCCUCGUUUCAGAGUUGUAGAUGUUGAGACAAUGGAGGGGGAGGUGUAUGCUGUUUACCAGAAAGAAAUGGAAAAUCUCAUGCAAGCAUUCAAUACUAUGCCUGGAAGGAUCAGCCUCACUAUUGGAUUGUGGACAACUAGCCAAACUCUUGGUUAUGUUUCACUUGCUGGGCAGUUUAUUGACUCUGAGUGGAAGAUACAUCGAAGGAUGCUAAACUUCAUGAUGGUGUCUUCUCCUCAUUCAGAAAAUGCACUUAGUGAAGCUAUUAGUACAAGCCUUUCAGACUGGAAUAUGAAGGACAAGUUAUUCACUAUCACACUGGACAACGAUUGCUCCUCACAUGAUAUAUACAGUGCGAAUCUGAGGGAUCAUCUCUCCAACAAGAACAAUCUCAUGCUUAAGGGCCAACUGUUUGUUGUUAGGUGUUAUGCCCAUAUCCUGAAUGCAGUUGCUCAGGAUAUUAUUGCUUCAAUUCAUGGUGUCAUCUAUAAUAUCCGUGAAAGCAUUAAGUUCAUAAAAGCUUCUCCUAGCCGUGAGGAGAAGUUUGCAGAGAUUGCUUUGCAGCUAGAGAUCCCAAGUACCAAGACCCUUUGUCUGGAUGUUACGACACAGUGGAACACUACCUAUCUCAUGCUGCUGGCUGCAUUGGAUUAUAAGCAGGCCUUUUCUACUCUAGAGACAAGUGAUGAUAACUACAAUGAGGCACCAUCCCCGGAGGACUGGAAAAAGGUUGAGGCUGCCUGCAACUACCUGAAGUUAUUGUAUGACUCAGCACAUAGCAUCAUGGCUGCAGCAAAUCCAACUUCAAAUAUCUUUUUCCAUGAGGCAUGGAAACUUCAGCUCGAGCUGGCAAAUGCCACCGGGCAUGAAGACCCUGUUUUCAGCAGUAUCGCCAAGGAUAUGCACGAGAGGUUCGACAAGUACUGGAAAGACUGCAACCUUGUGUUAGCUAUUGCUGUUGUGAUGGAUCCACGCUUCAAGAUGAAGCUUGUUGAGUUCAGUUACUCGAAAAUUUAUGGUGUUGAAGCUGCGAAGUAUGUUAAGGUGGUGGAUGAUGCUGUCCAUGAGCUUUACAAGGAGUAUGUUGCACAGCCUCUCCCCUUGACACCGGCCUAUGUUGAGCAAGGGGAAGGUAAUAAUGCAGCUGCUAAUGAGGAUAGUAAUCAAGCAGCUGCUCCUUCAACAGGCGAUGGGCUUGUGGACUUUGAUAUGUACCUUUCUGAGAUAGCUACAAGCCAGCCAACAAAAUCUGAGCUGGAACAGUACCUGGAUGAGUCCCUCACUCCACGCAUCCAGGAAUUCGACAUUCUGAACUGGUGGAAGCUCAACACUCUGAAGUUCCCAACUCUCUCAAAGAUGGCCCGGGAUAUAUUGGCCAUUCCUAUGUCGAUGGUGAGCAGUGGCAGCUCUAUCUUCUCUGCUGGGACAGGAAGCCGCAUGCUUGAUGACUACAGGAGCUCACUGCGUCCAGAAAUCGUGGAGGCGCUUGUCUGUGCCAAAGACUGGCUUCAGUACACACCAGCUACACCGGAGACGCCAAGUACCGCACUGGUCAAGAUGGACGCAGCACCAUAGGCUCGCAGCGGUUUCCCCUUUUGUGAAGAGAGCCUCGUAUCAAUGGUACCUACGUGUGAAGUUAACUGGUAGGCGUAUUUUAGGCAGGGAUUACUAUGAACUGAUUGUGAUCUGAGUUUAUUUUUAUCUCCUAGAGUAUAAUAUGUUGUAUCGAACUCUGUUAACUCGUUCAUGUUGUUGUUAUGUACCCUGUUGUCUGUACCAUCAUACAGUAGCAUGCUAUGCUAUGCUAUCGGAGUAUCUGACGUUGCAUGUAGUGUGUGCGCUAGCUGCACAAUGUGUAUCAGCUGUUGCCUUAUGUCUGUACUUUCCUUUCACUAUCAAUUGUAGAGUGUGAUUGUUA